AUGUGUCCUGGACCUUUGAGUGUUAACAUGAAAGAAUCAAAAAUGAAACAAUCCCCGGAACUUCAAAACCAAAACGAUGCCAUUAUUUUGAAUGGGGUCACAACUGGUAAUACUAAAGCGAAAAAUGUUCUCAAUGACAUUACGAGUAUACUCCUCAUCCUGAAGGCUACUGGAUUGAUGCCACUUUAUGAGACAUUGUCCGAGUACGAAUUAGGAGCACCUAAAGUACUUAGUCGAAUGUAUUCGAUAGUUGUACAUUUCAUGGUACACGCAAUGACUAUCUUCAAUAUGUACAAUUUAUUCUCGGGCGGAAGCAAUCAACUUUUCUACUCUUAUCGAGAAACGGACAACAUCAACUAUUGGAUAGAAAUUCUUUUAUGCAUCGUCACCUAUACCACGACCGUUGUAGUAUGUUCCAAGAAUUCGAAGGCAUUCCUCAAGAUACUCAACGAAACGCUUAAAAUCGACGAAGAAAUAAAGCAACGAUUUUCAGCUACCAUUGUCAAUAAUUGCGGGUUUGCUGCUAAAUUCAUUGUCCUUAUUUUGGCUUUUCAGUGGUACAUUGUCCUCCUCAAAAUUCUACUAAUCGAUCAGCCAUUAACGGCUACCUCAUACAUCAUCAUUAGUGUUUAUUCCAUUCAGAAUGCCUUGUCGUCGAUAUUCAUAGUUUAUUCGUCGGUGUUGCUGCGAUUAUUGUCCGUUCGCUUCGCUUAUUUGAAUUCAAUUAUAAACGGCUACACUUAUAAGGAACAGCAAAGGACGAGAAGAUUUCGUGCGCGUAUACCGAAUAAGGAACACACGGCGCCGCCACCGCCUAUGAGCAGUUUCCCAGAUGAUUCUCUCUUUGCUUUCCGCAUGUACAACAAAUUGCUGCGUCUGUAUAAAUCGGUCAACGACAGUUGCAGUCUAAUAUUGGUUGUAUAUAUGGGGUAUUCGUUCUAUUCGAUUACAACGACAACGUACAAUCUCUUCGUACAAAUUACAACCCAAAUGGAGAUGUCAUUCAAUGUACUUCAAAUAUGUUUUGCACUAUUAUUUUCGCAUACGGCUAUGUUAGCGCUAUUAUCACGAUGCUCCGGCGAAGCCACCGAUCAGGCAAAUUUAACUUCGCAGAUCCUGGCACGAGUAUAUGAAAAAUCAAGGGAAUAUCAAAAUAUAGUUGAUAAAUUUCUAACAAAGAGCAUAAAACAGGAAAUGCAAUUUACUGCAUAUGGUUUCUUUGUAAUUGACAAUUCGACUCUCUUCAAGAUUUUCUCUGCGGUUACAACAUAUUUGGUAAUAUUGAUCCAAUUCAAACAGUUGGAAGAAUCAAAAUUGGACGAUUCAGGAGGUCUAACUACAACCACAACCACAAUCACCCCCGUACCAAUACCUACAACUUCAAUGAAUGAAACAACUCAAUGA